AUGAGGGCGGCGACGGUGGCGGAUGGGGUGCUGAAGAAGGUGUUGUUGUCGUACGCGUAUGUGUCGAUCUGGAUCUUCCUCAGCUUCACGGUGAUAGUCUACAACAAGUACAUCCUCGAUCCCAAGAUGUAUGGCUGGCCCUUCCCCAUCAGCCUCACCAUGAUCCACAUGGCCUUCUACUCCGCCAUCGCCUUCCUCGUUGUCCGUGUGCUCCGCCUCGUCGAGGCCCCAUCGUCGCCGUCCAUGACCCGCGCCUUCUACCUCUCCUCCGUCGUUCCCAUCGGCGCCCUCUACUCCCUCUCCCUCUGGUUCUCCAACUCCGCAUACAUGUACCUCUCUGUCUCCUUCAUUCAGAUGCUCAAAGCCCUCAUAUUACUGACUUUGGAUGAAAUUCACACAAAGUGUCUUUUGAAUUUGUUAUUUGCUGAUAUUACUGAUUUUGGAUGUCUUGGUGCAUUUAUAUAUGAGACGGCUUACCGGCAGCAGAAGGGGCUAAAUCUGGAGUUAUUCAUGUUGGAAAUAAAACUGAUGAUCUCUAACUUUUCUGAUCAGCCAUCAGUGAAGUAUUAG